UCCGUAGGACUUCCCGUGAUGCACCAAUCUUCACUUGGACUCGCUUGAUGCUAAUUUUGCAUUGUUUUUUCUUCUUUGGGGUUUCUGGUACAGAAACAAUGGAGAGCGACUGUACGGACUAACAUGUAUUAGCUGAAUUUGUACAAAUUUACGGACAAACGUGUUUGUUUUUGGACGUUGAAGACAGGGUAGCCAGCCUGUUUCGUGUGCCAUGUGGGAGUAAACCCUCCCAAAAGGUGCCAUGCUUGCCACGCAGAUGCCAGAAACGCCACCAGAGACCAACGAUUACAAACAGAUUAAAGAGAAGCUGGCCCAGUCGCUGAAAGGCCUGCAGAGACGAUAUGUGACGUCGGACGCUGUAGUCACCAGUGAGGAUGGGGACGCAAACCUCCUCUGCUGUGCUCUGGAGGCCAUCUUCAUCCAGGGGAUCAAGAGCAAGUACAUCCGCUCUGAAGCUGGAGGCCGGAGCAGGAAAGCAGACAGGGGACCGCUCCCUCAGCCUUUCUUCUGGAGCCUCCUCAAGACUGUCACCCAUCGGGACGUGAUCACGGAGCUGGAGAAGAUCAGCUUUGUGGGCACGGACGUGGGCCGCUGCCGAGCGUGGCUGCGGCUGGCCCUCAACCACGGCCUCCUGGAGUGCUACCUGGCCUCGCUGUUUCGCGAAGACUCCUGGCUGCGGGCCUACUAUCAGCCCCAGGCCCUGCUGCUGAACGCGGAGGAGCGGGAGGUGCUGCUCAGCUACCUGCAGGGCCUGGCCUCGCUCACCUUCAGCCUCUCCUACAAGUCGGCCGUCCUCAACGAGUGGACCACCACGCCUUUGGCCCUGGCCGGACUCUGCCCCCUGACCCAGGCGGACGCGCCCGACUGCCCGCUCAAUGGCGGCGACCUUCCCGUCUCCAGGCCCACGCGGAAGGAGUCCUGGGACACGGUGUCCCAGUCGUCCGGCUCCUCGGACGCACCGGACGUGCAGAGAGGGUGCCCGGUGCUGCAGGCCAGGGGGUCGGGCGGGUUCCAGGGAGGAAGGACGGCGCUGAACUCGUCCAAUCUAAGCCUGGACACCACGGGGUCCUCGCAGCUGUCGUCCAGCCUGAGCUCCGACAGCCUCCUGCAGGGGCAGGAACCCCGCAGCCCGACGGGGGAGCAGUGGUCAUCAGGGGACCUGGACCUGCCCAUCAGUAUUACCGUCGGCACCAAGAGGCCCCAAAAAGACGUGCUGUCGGACUUCCGGGAGAGUGGACACUGCAGUCAGGACUCCAUGCGCGAGGACUCGUUUGUCUCCAGCACCGGAGCCGACCAGCUGUCUGAGAAUGCCACGUUCAGCGGCUCGGACAGUGAAACCCAAGGCCCUGCUCCGACAUCCCCAGACUCCGGGGACCACAUCCCCGAUUCCCACUCGCAUCUCCCACCAUCAUCCCCCGAGCUGCCAUCAUGUGACGAGCAAGCUGACCACCGAUGCUCCCAAGAAGCAUGGGAUAGUGCCUUGGACUUACAGCCAGAAGCAGCCAUUUUCUCCCUGGGCAGCGAAGCUGGGGAGUCUGUGGGGGAAGCGCGUGUGACCGGAGAGGAGAGCAGUAAACCCAUCCAGAAAACCCAGCGGACAGAGAAGUCACAGGAAAACGGGUUCAAGUCACAAGAGCUUAAAGGUUCGCGUUCUGCCAGCAUCCUCUGCAAGAAAUCCUCCUCAGAUGCACUUCCACACUCCCGUUCUUGGAUAUCAGAGGAGGACAUCUACAAGCCUCACCCGGAGGAGCAGCCGGACAAUGAGGACGUGUCCCCUCCUGCUCCCACGGCUGAGCUGUGUGCCUCUCAGUCCCCUCCCAGCGUGGUCCAUCGCAGACAGAUAGGGCUGUCCAACCCCUUCCGGGGCCUGCUGAAGCUUGGCCACCUGGAGCGGCGAGGCGCCAUGGGGCUGUGGCGCGACUACUACUGCGAGCUCUCGCCCUUCGAGUUCCGGCUGUACGUGAACGCGGAGGAGAGGACGUGCUGCGACAACUGCUCGCUGCUGCGCUGCGAGGACGCCCGCGUGGCGUCGCCGGAGGGCCGCUUCGAGCUGGCCUUCCCCGGAAAGAGGAUCUACCUGCGGGCGGCCAAUCACGACGAAGCGGAGGACUGGGUGGACCGAAUCGCGGAGGCCGUCAACAAGUGCCGGCCGGCGCCGCGCGCCGACGAGCAGUGGGAGGUGCUGCAGCCCCCCGGGGAGAACGGAGUGGACGAGCGCGCGGCGCCGCCUCCAAACUCCGCCCCCUCCAGCCCCGAGCGGGGCGCCCCCGACACCGAGACGAGCCGGGGGCAGGAGGCCGCUCCGCCCCCACAGGAGCUCAGCUGGACUCGGACCGCCGACCUGGAGAGCGACGCUCUCAAAGAGGCAGUUUUGUACUUCUCCAAAGACCCGGACGCCCGGACCUGGGCCCCCUUGGUCUUCUCCCUCUCUUUAGAGGCCUUGAAAGGCUUUCAGGUACAGAAGGGAAGGAAGCUGCUGCGUCUGACCCACCCCAUCGAGGAGAUCCGGGACGUGGUGCCCGACGUCUCCCUCGGGGGUCCGGACUUUUUCAAACUCCUGACUGUCAGGGAGACGCUGAGACUCAGGGCCGAGAACCAGGAGGAGGCCCGCACCUGGAGGGUUUUGAUCCGCGGAGCUCUGGACUCUUACCUGGAAAGUGGGGAGGAGGGUCUUUCGGAGGAGCCCGUUUCAGUUUCCUGUUCGGGCCUGUCUGGAAAUCUGCACAGACUGGUCCAACACAGACUAAAAGAAGACGGGGCACUUCUGGUUCACCUUUCCAGAGUUCCCUCAGAGAGGGGGCUGGACACUCAGAGCUUUAAAUGUGCCGACUGCCCUCAGCAGAUCGGGCCGUCCCGGGGCAGAGCCAGGCUGUGCGAGUUCUCAGGCCUGUACUACUGCGAGUCCUGCCACAAGGGGGACACCAGCAUCAUUCCAGCACGCAUGGUGCACAACUGGGACCUCACGCAACGAGAGGUGUCAAAGCGAGCCGUGCGCCUGCUGGCGAAAGUGGAGCAGGAGCCCCUGCUCAACCUGGAGGCGCUGAACCCGGAGCUGGUGAAGCACGCGGAGCCCCUGGCCCGGGCCCACGGCCUGCGGCAGAGGCUGCGCCUGCUGGGCGACUACCUGCUCACCUGCCGCAGCGGCGCCGUCAGGAAGCUGCAGGCCAGGAUGGGGCAGCGGCUGUACCUGCUGGAGUCCAGCCACCUGUACAGCAUCCUGGACCUGCGACAGAUAGCAGAGGGCCAAUAUGCGGCCUUCCUGAUCGGCCUGGUGCAGCACGCCUCUGACCACGUGCUGCACUGCGACCUGUGCACCCAGCGGGGCUUCAUCUGCCAGAUUUGCCACUCGGACGACAUCAUUUUCCCCUUCCAGUUCGACUGCACCACCAGGUGUAAAGACUGCAAAGCUGUUUUCCACCUGGCCUGCAACUCCUCGGUGCAGUCGUGCCCUCGCUGUCAGCGCAUGAGGAAGUAUCUGGAGAGAGACCUGCAGGACUGAGCCCCCCCAGCACCCACGGAGGGACGAGUUUAACAGACAACCGCUUAUUCAUUAAGUAACCUCAAGUGCAAUUAAGAUUGCGGCUGACCGGCCCGGACGGACUUCAAAAAGGGGGCAGAGAGCCUCUGUGCGCCGGUCUGAUUCAGACAAACACACUGACACACUGCAGCCAAAUGUUACUGACCAGUCAUCCUGAUACCUCUGGGUCACCGGGGGGGCGGGGCAGUGGAGACGGCUGCUGCCAAGAAUGGUUUCCAGCACAUUUGUACUUUUUUUCUUUUUUUCACUCCUGUCAAAAACAAUAUUCUUAACCGACAAGUUUACCUGACAAGCAGAAAUGAUCUGAUCAUCUGUGCCUUCUUUAUGAUUUAGGCUUUACACCAUUUUCUCAUGAUAUUUGGGCAAAAAAUGCAUCACGUUUAUUUUGAAUACUCCUUACCAUAAAAUGAAGCAACACUGAUGCAUUGGGGUUUUUUAAAGAUGUAAAUAUUAAAACUUUGGAGUUUUUUUUUUCUUUUUUCAAACAGACGAAGAGGCCAAAUCUGUGAUUUGAAUUACACAGCUCUGUUCUCUUCGACUUUCAGAGGAGCUUUUAGAAAUGAUUUAUGAUGCUGCUUGUGUGCAGAGACACACCGAAACAAUUAUUAGACAACAAGCUACACAACAAAUGCAUUAAGACUUGGGCUAAAUUAUUGGGUUGGGAUGAAUCUGACCUAAGAACGUUUUGCUCUUUUGCACUUAGCUACGACUGUUAAUGGAUAUUUCAGCUCUAAUUUAGCUGGUAUCUCACACAUGAAGUGAUUUCUAAUCUAACAAUGUUUAUUUGUGGUGUUUUAUUGAAAGAAUCUCAAAAUUGUUGACUUUCAUGACUUUGGGGAGCAGAAUAAUCAGAACAUUUAUUCUUUCUUGCACCUGCCAAGAACAUCAUUAAAUGUUUAUUUGUCAAAAUGGUUUUGAUAUGUAUGCACAGAGUAUCAUGCAAAAAAGGAACAUUCUGAGUUCUUCAGUACUAUUUUUCUGGUGUGUAUUUAUUGAAUCCUAUCCAAUAGAAAUGGCCAUACUGAAAUAAAAAUCAGCGUGUUGAAUUGGUCCUUUUUGUGGUUUUGAUGAGAUGCCUUUUCUACUUAUUAACUUGUUCCCACAUGUAGCUGAGGAACAUGCAAAAAAAAUUAGAAAAAAGAAAAAAAAAAAGAGUCUGACAGGAGACUGAAACAAGGUUACUGCAAAGGGAAAUGUGG